AUGACUGAGAGAGGACUUGGGGAUCCUUCAGAGGACCCUCAGAAGGAUUUGGAAAAUGAUCCAUCACUAAAUACUCAGGAGACUACAGUCACUGCAAGUACCACUGAAGAAGCUCAGACCCUAGACCCUGCCCCUCGUCUUAACAAAGACCACCAAGAGGUAGAAACAAUUGGCCCAGGAAGUACAGAUAUAGAUGCUCAAUCAGAAAAUCCAGAUGAAACAGAUUAUGGGAAAUAUCUAAAGGACAUAGAAGGUGAGAACAGCCAGAGUUUUCAGGGUGGAGAACAAGGCCAUCAGCUCCCUUCAGAGAGUCUGAGUGAAGACCCUGUGGAUCCAGAACCCAAGUGUUCUCCAAGUGACAAGGUAGGAAAAACAGACGCACACGUAGUGGGCAGCCCUGCAGCCCUCCCCGAGCACGUCAGUGACGGACCUGGAGCGUCUCAGGAGCCACCAGUCGUUGACCCUCAGGAUGCCCAGAGCCCUGGCCAUUCCAGUGCAGGGCCGGAGAGCCAACACACACUGAGGAAGCGACUGCUGGCACCAGAGGCUGAGAGUCAUCAACAAGAAACACAAGAAUUGGAAGAAAACAAAGAGAAAAAUGCACAGGAUACCAUAAGAAGGACUGAUAAAAAAAAUUUUUUGAACUAUGGCUCCAUCUUUCUUGGCUUCCUGGUUCUUUCCAUAGUUUUGCUAAGUUCUGUUAAUAGCUACUAUUCGUCUCCAGCCCAGCAAGUCCCCAAAAAUCCAGCAUUGGAGGCUUUCUUGGUUCAUUUUAGCCAACUGAAGGAUAAAUUUCCAGGCCAGAGUUCCUUUCUGUGGCAGAGAGCACGUAAAUUUCUCCAGAAGCACCUCAACACUUCACACCCCAGUGAGCCAGCCACCAUCAUAUUCACAGCAGCCCGAGAGGGAAGAGAGACCCUGAAGUGCCUCAGCCAUUAUGUUGCGGAUGCCUACACAUCGGCCCAGAAGGCCCCUGCCAUUCAGGUUGAUGGGGCCGGGAAAACCCUGCAGGACAGCGAUCAGGUCAAGCAUUCGGUUGACAUGGAGCUGAGCUCUGGAUUUGAGAAGGGCCAGAAGGCAGCUGUGGUCCAUCGCUUUGAAUCCCUUCCUGCAGGCUCCACCUUGAUCUUCUACAAGUAUUGUGACUAUGAGAACGCUGCCUUUAAAGAUGUGGCCCUGGUCCUGACCGUCCUACUGGAGGAGGAAGCAUUAGAAGCAAGCGUCAGCCCAAGGGAAACCGAAGAGAAAGUGCGAGAUUUUCUCUGGGCGAGGUUUACCAACUCUAACACUCCCAGCUCCUUCAACCAAAUGGAUUCGGACAAAUUGAGUGGGCUGUGGAGCCGUAUUUCCCACCUGGUGCUGCCCGUCCAGCCAGUGAGGAGCAUAGAAGAACGGGGCUGCUCUGUAUAA